AAAGGCCAGCUUCCAAUGGAAUCGCCGUCCCCCGGGGAUAGCGGCCCCCUGGCUACAUCUGCCCUGGAGAAGUCGGGGCCAAGCGCAAACAAGCGCCGCGAGGAGCCGCGCGCGGCCAGGGCACAGCUGCCAGCUCCCGGGGCCGCAGCCCAGGCCGCGUGGGCAGCGAGGAGGCGCCGCAGCAUGACCCGCCACGCCGAUCCGGUAAUAUCUUUGUUCACUUUUGCCAUCGGUGUCAAUAUCUGCUUAGGAUUCUCAGCCAGUCGAAUUAAGAGGGCAGAAGGAUGGGACGAAGGCCCUCCUACAGUGUUAUCAGACUCCCCGUGGACCAACAUCUCUGGGACCUGCAAGGGCCGAUGCUUUGAACUUCAAGAGGCCGCACCCCCCGAGUGUCGCUGUGACAACUUGUGUAAGAGUUACAGCAGCUGCUGCCACGACUUUGACGAGCUCUGCUUGAAGACGGCUCGUGGUUGGGAGUGCACCAAGGACAGAUGUGGAGAAGUACGCAAUGAAGAAAAUGCUUGUCAUUGCUCAGAGGACUGCUUGGCCCGGGGAGAUUGCUGUACCAAUUACCAAGUGGUUUGCAAAGGAGAGUCACAUUGGGUAGACGAUGACUGUGAAGAAAUCAAAGCUCCCGAAUGUCCUGCAGGGUUUGCCCGCCCUCCAUUAAUCAUCUUCUCUGUGGAUGGGUUCCGCGCCUCGUACAUGAAGAAAGGGAGCAAGGUGAUGCCGAACAUCGAAAAGCUGCGGUCCUGUGGCACUCAUUCUCCCUAUAUGAGGCCUGUGUACCCCACAAAAACCUUCCCUAACUUAUACACGCUGGCCACUGGGCUGUAUCCAGAAUCCCAUGGAAUUGUUGGCAAUUCAAUGUAUGAUCCUGUAUUUGAUGCCACUUUCCAUCUUCGAGGGCGAGAGAAAUUUAAUCACAGAUGGUGGGGAGGUCAACCGCUAUGGAUUACAGCCACCAAGCAAGGGGUGAGAGCUGGAACAUUCUUUUGGUCUGUGUCCAUUCCUCACGAGCGCAGGAUCCUAACCAUCCUACAAUGGCUCACACUGCCAGACAAUGAGAGGCCUUCAGUCUAUGCCUUCUAUUCGGAACAGCCUGAUUUCUCAGGACACAAAUAUGGCCCUUUUGGCCCUGAGGAGAGUAGUUAUGGCUCACCUUUUACUCCGGCUAAGAGACCUAAGAGGAAAGUUGCCCCUAAGAGGAGACAGGAAAGACCAGUUGCUCCUCCAAAGAAAAGAAGAAGAAAAUUACAUAGGAUGGAUCAUUAUGCAGCGGAUACUCGUCAGGACAAAAUGACAAAUCCCCUGAGGGAAAUUGAUAAAACUGUGGGGCAGUUAAUGGAUGGACUAAAACAACUCAAGCUGCAUCGCUGUGUGAAUGUCAUCUUUGUUGGAGACCACGGAAUGGAAGAUGUGACAUGUGACAGAACCGAGUUCUUGAGCAAUUACCUGACUAAUGUGGAUGAUAUUACUUUAGUCCCUGGAACUCUAGGAAGAAUUCGACCCAAAUUUAGCAAUAAUCCUAAAUAUGACCCUAAAGCCAUCAUUGCGAAUCUCACGUGCAAAAAGCCCGACCAGCACUUUAAGGCUUACAUGAAACAGCACCUUCCCAAACGACUGCACUAUGCCAACAAUAGAAGGAUUGAGGAUAUCCACUUACUGGUGGACCGCAGAUGGCAUGUGGCAAGGAAACCUUUGGAUGUUUAUAAGAAACCAUCAGGAAAAUGUUUUUUCCAGGGAGACCACGGCUUUGAUAACAAGGUCAACAGCAUGCAGACUGUUUUUGUAGGUUAUGGCCCGACAUUUAAGUAUAAGACUAAAGUGCCUCCAUUUGAAAACAUCGAACUUUACAAUGUCAUGUGUGAUCUCCUCGGAUUGAAACCAGCUCCUAAUAAUGGAACCCAUGGGAGUUUGAAUCACCUCUUGCGUACCAACACUUUUAGGCCAACCAUGCCAGAGGAAGUCACAAGACCCAUUUACCCGGGGAUUAUGCAUCUUCCGUCUGAUUUCGAUCUGGGUUGCACCUGUGACGAUCAGAACAAGUUGGAUGAACUCAACAAACGCCUUAAUACCAAAGGCUCUACAGAAGCUGAAACCAGGAAAUUGAGAGGCAGCCAAAGUGAAAACAAGGAAAACGUUAAUGGAAAUUUUGAACCUAGAAAAGAGAGACAUCUCCUGUACGGACGGCCUGCAGUGCUUUAUCGGACCAGAUACGACAUUUUAUAUCACAUUGACUUUGAAAGUGGCUAUAGUGAAAUAGUCUUAAUGCCACUUUGGACGUCAUACACUAUUUCCAAACAGACUGAAGUCUCCAGCAUUCCUGAGCACCUGACCAAUUGUGUUCGUCCUGACGUCCGUGUGUCUCCGAGUUUCAGUCAGAGCUGCUUGGCCUACAAAAAUGAUAAGCUGAUGUCGUAUGGAUUCCUGUUUCCUCCCUAUCUGAGUUCUUCACCAGAAACUAAAUAUGAUGCCUUCCUGGUAACCAACAUGGUUCCCAUGUACCCAGCUUUCAAACGGAUCUGGACUUAUUUCCAAAGGGUCCUGGUGAAGAAAUAUGCUUCAGAAAGAAAUGGGGUGAAUGUGAUAAGUGGACCCAUUUUUGACUAUAACUACGAUGGCUUACGUGACACAGAGGAUGAAAUCAAACAGUAUGUGGAAGGCAGUUCCAUUCCUGUUCCAACUCACUACUACAGCAUUUUCACGAGCUGUCUGGAUUUCACUCAGCCUGCUGACAAGUGCGAUGGGCCCCUCUCAGUGUCCUCCUUCAUUCUUCCUCACCGACCCGACAAUGACGAAAGCUGCAAUAGCUCAGAGGACGAGUCCAGAUGGGUAGAAGAACUCAUGAAAAUGCACACAGCUCGGGUUCGGGACAUUGAGCAUCUCACUGGGCUGGAUUUCUACCGAAAGACCAGCCGUAGCUACCCAGAAAUCCUGACACUCAAGACGUACCUGCAUACGUAUGAAAGCGAGAUUUAACUUUCUGAUUACGUGUGGUGUGGUCUUAUCAACUGGUGUAUAUUUUUAUAUUGUGUUUGUAUUUAUUAAUUUGAAACCAGGACAUAAAAAAAACACUUAGUAUUUUAAUCCUCUACCAAAUCUGACAUAUUAAGCCUGAAUGACUCUGCUGUUUCUCUCUAACACUUGAUUUAGACAGUUUUGAGUUCCAAGUAGAGGUUGUAAUAAAUACUGCAGCUUGAGCUUUUAGUAGAAGUGUCUCAAUGGUGCUGCAGAUCAGAUAUUUGCAUUGAGGAAAUGCUAGUUUUCCAGUGCACAGUUGCCACAUUUAGUCCUGUACUGUACUGACAUACUGAUUUUGUAAAGUUGCAUUCAUCCUCUGUUACCUAUGACAGACAUAUUUAAGCCUUAUAGACCAAUCUUAAAUAUAAUAAAUCACACAUUCAGUUUU